UUCUGGACUCCUCUGCAGCCAGACAUGAGCUUGGAGGGAGCAGAGAAGACACCCUGAGCUUCACCUGGUCUAAAAGGACAACCUGAGACAUCAAGCUGCAGACAUCACUUCACCCCUGAGAUGGCUGUGGAGGAUCUCCGAGGUUCCAGCACCCCUUUCUCCCUCUCUUUCUCAGGCAGUGGCUUCCUGGCCCUGUACCAGGUUGGGGUGGUGCAGUCCCUGCUGGAGUUGGCCCCUGAGCUCCUCAAGUCUGCGUGCAAGGUGUACGGCUCGUCGGCAGGAUCGCUCAUCGCCGCCGCCGUCGUCUGCGGCGUCGGCCUCGAUGACCUAAAGGAAUUUUUCUUUGCCCUGGCAUCAGAAGUCAGGAAAACCAUCCUGGGUCCCCUGUCCCCCAAGUGCAGUUUGCUGGCCAGCAUCAAGGCUGUGCUGCAGCGGAUGCUGCCGGACGACUCGUACCAACUGGCGUCAGGGAGGCUGCACAUCUCCCUCACACGGGUGGUGGAUGGCCAGAAUGUCAUGGCCUCAGAGUUCAGCUCCAAAGAGGAGCUCAUCCAGGCUCUCCUCUGCAGCUGCUUUCUUCCCAUUUACUGUGGAUUCAUCCCUCCAUCCUACCGAGGAGUGAUCUUCAAUGGCAGCAUCCAGAUCUCCAUUGAGAACCUCUGCAGGAUCAGCUAUGCUCUCUUUCCACCCAGCACCAUGGUCCUGAAUGACAUUUUCUCCCAGGGGUACCAGGACACUGCCCUUUUCCUCUACAGGAACAAUGCCUUUGGCUUCAACUACUUCGAUGGCAAUUUCCGCUUCGGCAGCACAUGUGGCAAGAAUGACUCCACACAGUCCAAUGGGACAUUCCCUGGCCUCUACAAGAGGGUUCCUCAGUACCUGAGUCCUUACUUCCUGCCAGGCUUGUGGAAGAAGGAGCAGGUGACUGGACUGCAGGAUCCACUGGCAAAGGUCCUGUUGCAGCCGUACAGGCUGCCAGCUUUAUUCAGGAAGGGGGUGAAGAAGGUGUGGGGGCUGCUGGAAGGGAUCAGCUCCCUGGCACAACGAUUCCACAAGCUCCUCCAAACCUUGGUGCCUGGUUUGCCUAAGAGAGCCGUGGACAGGAGAGGAUAUGAAUAUACCUCCAAGGAGCUAUGA